ACCUCCCCUCUCUCUCCCUCUCUCCUCUCUCUUCUUUCUCUCUCUCUCUCCUCCGCUAACAAUGCCGCAAUACUUCUCUGUUAUCCUUCCACUUUGAUGUAAAUAGCAGGAAACUGGAAGUUAUUGUUUGGCCCAAAUCCCAAUCUAGAGAGAGAAACAACUAGAGAGAGAGAGAAAGCUGAGAAUGGGAUGCAAUAACAAGGAUCUGCAACUCAAUUAAAGCACUGAAUCAACUCCUUCGGAAUCCAAUUUCUUCUUCUACAUACAUCAAUUACUCUGUUUCCGAAUGCAAUUCUGAGAUAGUUUAGAGAGAGAAGUAGCAGAUCUACUGAUUUACAUUUUACAAUCCCCUGUUUUUUUUUCUCUCUCCGAGAACAGACGAAGAAGAAGAAGGGGAAAAAUGGCGGAAGUAUCUGCGAACAGCUUCAUACCGGAGUCGCUGCCGGGUUACUCGGCGGACAUAGCGGGUCAAUUAGGGAUGCUGUGGGAGCUGAUAAAAGUGCCGCUGAUAGUGCCGCUGCUGCAGCUGUGCGUGUACAUUUGCUUGGCGAUGUCGAUAAUGGUGUUCAUGGAGAGGCUGUACAUGGGGGUGGUCAUCGUACUGGUGAAGAUGUUCUGGAAGAAGCCGGAGAAGAGGUACAAUUUUGAGCCGAUGAAGGAUGAUUUGGAGAUGGGGAGUGCUGCUUUCCCCAUGGUCCUUGUUCAGAUCCCCAUGUUCAACGAAAGAGAGGUUUACAAGAUCUCAAUUGGUGCAGCGUGUAAUCUUUCAUGGCCUGCUGAUAGGCUUGUGAUUCAAGUACUGGAUGAUACAACUGAUCUUGGAAUCAAGGAUAUGGUUGAGAAGGAAUGUAUGAGAUGGGCAAGCAAAGGACUUAACAUAACAUACCAAAUUCGAGAGUCGCGAGGUGGCUACAAAGCCGGCGCGCUUAAAGAAGGAUUGAAACGCGACUACGUUAAAGAAUGCGAGUACGUCGUCAUAUUCGAUGCUGAUUUCCGACCCGAACCCGAUUUUCUCAGACGGUCCAUCCCUUUUCUCAUUCAUAACCGGGAUAUUGCGCUUGUGCAAGGUCGUUGGAGAUUCGUGAAUUCAGAUGAGUGUUUGCUGACAAGGAUGCAAGAAAUGUCAUUGGACUAUCAUUUCACAGUUGAGCAAGAAGUUGGAUCAGCCACUCAUGCCUUCUUUGGCUUCAAUGGAACUGGUGGAAUAUGGAGAAUUGCUGCAAUAAACGAAGCCGGUGGUUGGAAAGAUCGAACCACGGUCGAGGAUAUGGAUCUUGCUGUUAGAGCUGGUCUCAAAGGCUGGAAAUUUCUUUAUUUAGGAGAUCUCCAGGUGAAAAGUGAACUGCCGAGUACGUUUAAAGCGUUCCGAUUCCAGCAGCACAGGUGGUCUUGCGGUCCGGCGAAUUUAUUCAGGAAAAUGAUGAUGGAUAUUGCAAUGAACAAGAAAGUUACGCUGUACAAGAAGUUCUAUGUGAUAUACAGCUUCUUCUUCGUUCGAAAAAUCAUCGCGCACAUGUUCACGUUCGUCUUUUACUGUGUUGUUCUUCCGUUGACGAUUCUUGUUCCUGAAGUUUAUGUCCCGAAAUGGGGAGCCAUUUACCUUCCUUGCAUUAUUACCCUUCUCAACUCUGUCGGAACUCCAAGGUCAUUCCAUUUGUUGUUCUAUUGGGUACUUUUCGAGAAUGUGAUGUCAUUCCACCGAACAAAGGCUACAAUCAUCGGUCUUUUGGAGGCGAAGAGAGUCAACGAAUGGGUAGUCACCGAAAAACUCGGAGACACUCUCAAAAACAAAUCUAAAUCAUCUGCGCCAAGGAGAUCACUAUCCAAGUUCAUCGGUGACAGAGUACUCGUGCACGAGCUAGGGUUCGCGGUGCUCCUUUUCGUGAGUGGAUGCUACGAUUUCCUCUACGGGAAAAACUACUACUUCGUUUAUCUAUUCCUUCAAACUAUCACGUUUACGAUCGCGGGUUUUGGCUACAUUGGCACAAUAGUCCCAGGAAAUUAGUUACGCAUCGACAUUUAUAUAUAUAUCGGGGCAGAUUGAGUUAGCUUUACAGCUCAAAUUAGUUAAUUUAAUUACCUGUAUUAAAUAUAUUACACAAGAUUUGGUUUGGUUUGAUUUGGAGAAACACAAAAUCGAUGUCUUGAAAUCGCCGUGCUGAAAAAGGGGAAUGCUGUGAUCAUCAGCAUCAAUCUACAUGUUGUUAUUAUACAGUGAAGACAAGCAGAAACAUCAGAAGUAUUAGAGUUAGUUAAAUUAAUAAUGUAUUUUAUUUUUAUUUUUUUUGGUUUUUAAGUUAUAGUGAUUAUAUUUGGUGUGAUUGUACUUUGUUUUUUGCUUAAGUAAUUUUAAUUUUUUAAAGGCAGUGUUUUUUUUGGAA